AUGCUGUCCAUGUACCCGGAGCCGCAGGACGUCACCAAGAAGCCCAGGACUGCCAUGACAGCGCCACCUGUUGUCGGAGCUUCUUCUCCCACCCCGCCCUCGGUGCUGCCCUCUGCCAAUGACGGAGAGUGGAAGUCUUCAAAGUUGUCGCUCUCACGCCUCUCAGCUCCAAACCACGGGCACGUGGUCUUCGGUCCGGCGGUUCUCGGAGCGAACCUGUUCACGCUGGAGGCGCUGCUUUCCAUCUGUCGGACAGACCUGGGUGUUCUCCGACGCCCCGACAGCCUGCGACCCAUCUGCGAGCGUGUCAGCCCACAUCGCUGCUGCACUUCCUGGUCCAUACCGCACUUCAUCACGCUGCUGCCCAACCGGUCUUCGUGCAUGAACAUCACGGCCACUGACGUCCAGAAGGUUCUCAAGAGGCUGGAGGCCUGUGCGCCGCACUACCACAGCAUGAAGUUGAGCCACGACUGCGCCUCAGGGGCUCGGCUGUGCCGCGGAGUCCCCGCCGAGUGCAUCGAGUACAACGCCGUGUACACCAUCCUCCACUACCUGGCCGACGUUGACUUCCUCGCGCCUGGUAGGCUGGUCCGGGAACCGCACCUUUCCUACACCAGUGUGUUUUUGCCUCUGGGGCAGAGCACCAUGGCCAUGGCCUACUUCAAGGAUCUAGAGGAGUACGGCCACCUGGAAGAUGAUGUGACUCAGGUGGUCGGCAUGGAGCUAGGCUUGAAGCACGCCCUGUUUGACGAGUACCUCCUGCACGACACGGUGUACGUGGCCCUGGCGGGUGUGACAGUGCUGGCGGCCAUGUGGGCCUACACGCAGUCUUUCCUGGUGACGGCUGUCACGUGCAUGGCCGUCGUCUUCUCCCUGGGCACGGCGUACUUCCUGUACACGACCGUCUUCCGCAUCUCCUUCUUCCCCUUCAUGAACGUCCUCACGCUCACCAUCGCCAUAGGCAUUGGAGCGGACGACGCCUUCAUCUACUGCAAGACGUGGGGGGCAGCCAAGGCGGAGAAAAACAGCGGCACGCUGGUCAAGCUAGUCCGGGACACGCUGCACCACGCCUGUCUCUCCAUGCUGGUCACCAGUGUCACCACGGCCGCUGCCUUCUUCGCCAGCUGCGUCAGCAACAUUACCGCUGUCCGCUGCUUUGGCUUGUUUGCCGGCACGGCCGUGCUGGCGAGCUUCUUUUUCACGGUCACGUGGUUGCCCGCGGCGCUCAUUGUGGCCGAGAAGUGGUGCUCCUCCACGUGCUGCCUGUGCGUGCCCCCCUUCGGCGUGUACCUGCCCAGGCUCAAGCGAUUCUGGUGCUGCGCACCAGUCUGCGCCGCAUUGUGGCGCCUCCACCACAGCCUUUCGGAAGCGGCACGCGUCUUCUACGACAAGCUCCUUCCCUGCAUCGUGAUCAGGCUCCGGUGGUUCUGGCUUUUCUCGCUCGCCCUGGUGGCAGCCGGCGGAGCGGUGGCCAUCUUUGUCCACCCUCGUCUGCGUCUGCCGGAGUCGCCCGAGUUCCAAGUACUGAGCGCCAGCCACCUGUUUGAGCGUUACGACCUCGAUCUGAAGGAGCGCUUCUGGUUCGAGAAGGCACGCAACAGGGACCCCUUCCACCGACUGCCAAUCCGCAUCAUCUGGGGCGUGCUCCCGGUAGACACGGGUGAUUACCUCAACCCUUCCAACAAGGGUACAGUGGUGUUCGACCCCACAUUUGACGUUGCGGAUCCAGCGUCACAAGAGUGGCUGCUGUCCUUCUGCAAGCGACUGCGGGCGCAGAGCUUCCAUCGCUCGGCACUGGGCGUUCUCUUCUCAGGCUGCUUUAUCGAGACGCUCAAGUCCUGGAUGGAGAGGCGCUGUGUUGAUAGUUUCAAGCAG